UUCGUUUCGUUUCGUUUUCGCGGUUAAAUAGCAGCACGAUCGCGCGCAGCCACGAAUCGAGCGAAGCGUAUCAGCUCGGCCAACGAAUCUGUGUCAGGCUGGGGGGCUGUAAAGUAGCGCGAGGCUUUGCCGAAUGCAAGUGCUCCAGUGCUCGACCGUCCUCUUUGGUAGGUGGUAAGAGCGGCGUGCGCGGUUCGCACUGCCGCAGUACCGCCGCUAAUAACCGUUCGUCCGCCUAUCUUUUUCUUUACAAACGAUUCGGUACGGCCUACUUUUAAUAAUAAUUCCGUGACCGAUCAUCGAUCACCACGGGACCACUAUCAUGAUUUCGUAUCGCACACGACUCACCAAACAGCGUGCAAGGAUGCCCAACGGAAUUUCCUAUCGAAAAUAAUCGAGGAACAACGACGGUACCGAUCAACGAUGACAACGUUGACAACGAUGAAGACAAUCGUUAAGCGAAACAACGACAUUGAAGAAAAGUGAACAAAAAAAAAAGGAAAAAUCGUUGAUCCCAGGUCCAGGGAAGAUAAGAUGCCGAGGAGACGCGGAAACGAUCGCGUUCGAUAAUAGUCUCUUUUUGGGAACGCGUUCAACCAAUUUAGUGAUAGUAAAAGGAACGAUCGAGGCUGCUCCUAGUGCGUCCACCUAGAUUCGAGACUCGUUUUGAUUUUCGCCGAUCUUUCGUUUCGAUCGUUCGAAAGAAAAAAUUCGCGACAACGACGAGAGCGGUAUACUCGAGCAUAAACGCGAGAUAAUUCGUUCGUCGAGGAGGAUCGUUCGUUGGUGAACGACCGCGUACGGAAAAUAUACGAAGAACAUCGAGAGACGGGCGAAAAGGCUCGCGUAGAUGACCCGAUCACCGUUAAAUAAGAAAAAUUCAGCGUGGAUAACAAAAUAAGGGGCAAGAAAAGGGAAAAAGCCGCUGGUCAUUUAUUUGGAGCGACGACGAGUGGACAAGAUGUUCAACCUGUAUCAAAACUUGAACAAAAGGGACGACGAUCACAAAGAAUCGGACGUCACCGGACACGACAGGUUUUGGCAGGAACGGCCUAAGACCCGGCGAAAACGCCGAGCCGUUAAUCGAAGAACUCAAAGCGCCAUCGAGCUCGACUCCGAGGCAAUCGUCUCGGCACGAGGAACUCUUCGCCGCGGAAGAAGCGCGAGUAUCGAGGACGAAGAUAGCGACGAAGAAAAGAGCUACCAGCUGACCAAUAAAAUCGACAAUCUAGCCAAAAUAUUAUUCAGUCGCGUGUCCGCUGCACGGGGUUGUAAGGAGUCGGACGUCAGAAAUGGAAAACACAAUUACACGGCGUUGGGUCAUGGACCAUCGGUUUGCGAGGACGUUGGCGAAUACAUGGAAAUGGAGAAAAGAUCUAGGGAUCGUGCCUUAUCAGUUUGCCAGGCUUAUAUUCGAAGAACGUCACGCUACAGUCUCGUCAAGCAGUUAAAUAAUCUCGGCUCUAGAAUGGACAAGCACUGGUUCACGGUGAGAGACACUUCUCUAAAGACCGAUCGACUAAUCACCUUAGCUCCGCUAAGCAGAAACUGCUCGUUGAGCAUUUCUCCUUUAACCAAGAAUAUUCUGAACGACUUGUUCUUAGCCUUGCAACAUCCGUACAUAUGUCCUAUAUUCGAUAUCGAUUUUCUCGAGUUCGAGAGUCAAAACUACGUGAUAGUAGUGCAGCCCAUCAGUCAAGGUAGUUUAAAAGAUUUAAUCUACGGGAUCGAAAGAACCGGUUGGAACGAAGAUUGGAGUCAAAAAUACGCUUCUCGCGGCAAAGGACUUCCCUUACCUCAGAUUCAACAAAUGGGCCGUCAAGUGCUGGAAGCGUUAAUUUUUUUGAAAGAAAGAGGAUUUCCGACCGUGACCCAUUUACAUUCCGGCAACGUAUUGGUACAAAACGGUGUCGCACGGCUCGCCGGUCUCGAGAACACGCUCCUCGGUUUCACCAGUCGCAUACAUCCUGUCAUUACUUCUCGAAUUUCUCAAACUAUCUCGAUCGACAUAAUAUGCUUCGAAUUACACGUUUGGAUAGCACCGACAUCGAUGCGACGGCUCUACACAGACCGCAUACAGUUUGCAAGAAUUCUUUACUCGAUGAAAUAUACAACGAGCUUUCAAACACGGCUGUAUAAUUGUGGGAACAAAAUUUAUUUGGUCGCGAUUUUACAUUUAGAAGAUCUAUACGUUUCUUUACCGAGUGCCAAACGAUUACUUCGAUCUUUAUUCUUAGCAGUUGUGUAUAUCUAUAAUGAAUUUAUUAAAAAAAGAAAGUGACAAUAAAAAAUUGGAAAAACAAAACAUGCCCACGCACACACACGCAUCAUACAAACCCAAAUAAUUUUAUUUCUUUCUCCGUUCAGUUAUCAUCGUAUUUUUCUUUUACCAAAUUUUCCUUACUUAUCAACUAGGAAAUCAUUCGGUGACAGAAAUUUAUUCUUACAACAUAUAACCGGCUAUACGAUUAUGCUGUCCUUGAAGAAAGAAAAGUACAAAAUGUCCUGCCGCUCUGUUCCUCUUCCUUACGUAUGCACGUAUCCACACACGAUACGUACAACACUGUAACUUCGAUGUAAACAUACACGAGUUACGAUGUUAUUCGUAUUAGAUGUCGGUACACAGCAAGGUCGGUAGAACAGUCGCCCGCUAUUAUUUGCCAACUUCUCACCCCGGAACAGGAAACGAGAGCUAUCUUGCUUUAAGUUUCUUUUAAAAGACAAAAUAAAAAAAGAAACAGCUUGCACGCGACCGUACAUCACAAAAUAUCAUUGAAUGAUACAAAACUUGCAGAUUCACCUGUUUAUGCAUAGGUAAUGUAAUAUUGAAAAAAAAAGAAAAAGCCAAGUUAUCUAUCUGUAUAAAUGAAACGAACUCUGUCUUUAAAAAUAUUAAAAAAAAAUAAUAAUAAUAAUAAUAAUAAUAACUCGGUACAUUGAGCAUACUGUUACCGAUAUCAGGAUAAAACGAUUCUCCCGUUACCCAAAGGCCAUACCUUUCUCCUGUCGGUUCUGCUUCGUCAAUAACGACCGACCAGACGACAAA